AUGGGGUCUCAGCCACCCUUCAUCCGAAAGGAGAUCAACAGAUCGGAAUGGGAAGUCCCGGAGAAGCGAUUGAAACAGAUCGGUACAGGGGCUUACGGUUCUGUAUGUAGUAUAAUAAAUGUAAAGACCAAUGAGAAAGUGGCCAUCAAGAAGCUUCACCGGCCCGUCCAGUCCGAGAUUUUUGCCAAGAGGUCCUAUCACGAGCUUCAACUGCUCAAGCACAUGAAACAUGAAAAUGUGAUAGAGCUUCUGGAUGUGUUUACUCCUGCUGCUGGGCUCAAGGACUUCACAGAUUUGUGA